CCAAGAUCUCAUGAAAUUCUGGACAGAACCAGAUAUCAGUAUAUUGGAAUAGUGUCGCGGCAAGCUUGAGAUGGACACAGCCAUCUGCAUCUACGGAGCAUGUCCGCUAUGGUACGGGUAUGACGGAGCCAUGUACCUAGGUACCCCGCUAAGAGUCACUGCCCCACCAAAAUUUUGAUACUGUCCAAACUUUGGCUCGUGAACUGCGUACAUAUUCUCAGCUUUCCAGAAUAUAACACUCCUUAAUUCUUCCCAAUAAGAAGGGCACAAUGUCGAAACCAAAAGACCUGCGCAGUCUCGUCGACCUCACCAAAACCACACAAGCGCUCCUCAUACACUACCAGUCUUCCCUCGCGCCUACCAGAGAUGCCGUUCCAACGUCUGAAACAGAGAUAGCAGAUCCUCUCGACAUUAUCAAAGGCUCAACUAAGCUCCUCAAAUCGCAUACGACCACACUGUCCCUCCUCCUCAUCAACCCACCCCUCACACCCUCCGCGAUAAUAGCGAAAAUCGGCGAUGUGAGCUCAGGUCCACUGAACAGCAUGGUGGCUGCGGCCUCAUACACACCAAGAGAAGGACAGAGAGGCGAUAUUGGAGACAUCAUGCGCACAGAAGUCAAGGCGCAGGUACGGAGAUUGCUGGGGACAUGGGGAGAAGUUCUCGCCAUGAUCUUGAAUAUGGCGGAGAAAAGACAGAGCGCAAAGGGAAAAGAUACUGGCCCUUCUGAGAACGAGAAGCAAGAAGUCUUGUCCUCCACCGGCGUGCUCUGGGACGCAUGCGACGCGCUGCUGAAGCUAUGCGACGAUGGCGUCGUCGGACUCGUAGUCAAGAAGGCUCAAGAGUACCGCGCAGUCCUACUAGAUGCAAUCGAGGAGCUGAAAGAAUGGGGCGAAGACGUGGAAGACGACGACGAAGCAGAAGGCAGCGACGACGAAGACGAGAUUUUCGGCGCAUCGAAUAAGAUUGGCAAGGACAACAAGGAGCUGAAGGAACUACUGGAUACUAGUGUCAAGAAGCUGAAGAUGAUUGGUAUGCUCUACCAAGCACUCAUCAAGAGGAGGUUGAAGACGUAUCCUGCAUCAUCCACGCUCGAACCGACCGCCGCAACGAACGGCACGGCAUUGCCACCCUGCAAGAAGCUAGACGCGCUCGUGAAUACCCUUAAGACGAUACCUGAGACGGUCGAUGACAUUGCAGGCGCAUUCUACGACCUGGAUGAAGACGAAGCGAAACAGACUCUGGACAAAUGCUGUGGUGAGGCAAACAGCGCAAUCGAGCUGGUCAGGCAGAGUUGGGCUGGAGAAGAAGACGAGUUCACAGCAUGGUCUGGCAAAUGGGUGAGCGCACUCGAAGCUGCGUGAACAAGGGAACAAAGCCCGAGACCUUUUCAACAUCACCAACCACUCGCGCAUGACGUCAAAAACUCAGCAGUUGAAAUGAACAGUACGGCAUCAAUUGCGACAUAACGAUAUACAAGUGAUUGUCGCAUUACAAAUUCCUAAUCAACCAACGCGCCCUUCGUAUCACCCCUCCAGAUAUUCGACAUCUACAAUCCGAAGACGGCAGCCAUACCCAUGGCAACAACACCGUAGCUAGCAAGCUUGC